AUGUCACUGCAGAAAUAUCCAUUUUCAAGACAUGACUGUAAGCUUGUUAUCAAGUCAUAUGCGUACGAAAGAGCUCAUCUUCAACUAAAUUGGUACAACAAACCUUUAACGUUUCCUGUAAGCGAAAUAACGAAAUUUCAUAUUGGCAAAGAUAAUUCAUCCAAAGCUGAUGAGCUGUAUGUCAUUUUCCAGUUUCAAUCAGCAGCAAAAUUUCACUUCCUUUACACGUUUCUUCUCUACUUCCUCAUUGUGUCAUUGUCGUGGGUCAGCUUUUGGGUAAAUCAUAAGGCAGUUUCAGCAAGGGUCGGUUUGGGUGUGACCACAAUAUUGACGCUAUGCACAUUGUACAACACGGACCACAAUAUAAACAGAGAACAGAGCGCCGACUACUUUUAUUUCCUACUUUGCAUCGUGUAUCUAUUCGCGUCCUUGAUUGAAUUCGUGUUUGUCGGCAUCACAAGUUUGAAGUGGAAUGACAAAUCUAAGAAAGAAAAACAGAGCUCAAACGAUGCAGCAACAAUCUCCCAUACCAAAUAUGAUACAAAACAAAAUUUGCAAUCAACCCGGAGAAGUGUUGUUACAUCUGCCCCUGGAGAAGGUAUAACUGGUAUACUAGAAGACGUCCAUAGAUAUUCGAAAGAGAAAAAAGGGAGAUUGUUGUCAAAACACACCAAGAAGGCGUUAAGAAAGGCUGUGGAAUAUCAUCGAAAGGACGAAGAUAUUCAUUUUAUUGACAAAUUCUCCAGAUUUUUAUUUCCUAUUUCGUUUUUUAUUAUUAAUAUAAUAUUUUUCAUUUAUUACAACUUAAACUGAAGACAAAAUAUGGUGGAACAUUUUGUGCAUGACUACUUAAUAACUUAUUACAUGAUGGA